AUGGCAAACCAAAUCGAUCAAGUUUUUAAGAAAUUUGAAGUACCGGAGCCUACAAUCUUAAGAACAGAGAAGUUUAUCGGAGUAUUAAGAUCUAAAGCAGUUCUUUCAAAGGAUAUUCAUGUACUUGAUUUGGGAUGUGGCCUUGGUUGCACAGGAUCAAGCAUUAUAAAUGAAGUAAAGACAGUUACAUUUUUAGACGUAACUGAAAAAUCAAAGAAAUCUGUUUGCGAUAUUAUGACAGAACUUAAAACCACAAACUAUGAAUAUUUUGAUCAGCCAAUUGAACAAUACCACGGAGAAAAAUUUGAUUUGGCUAUUGCUUCAUUAUCUUUUCAUCACAUUGAUGACUAUCUUUCAGUUAUUAAAAUUCUCCCCAGUCAUUUAAAUGAAAACGCAAAUGUUAUUGUACUAGAAAUUAUUGACGAUGGAAUACCUCGUCCAAAUGUUCCUCAUCGUGGUUUUGUUCCAGAAAAAUUCUGCCAAGAAUUCUUAAAUAACGGAUUCAAAUCAGCUGAAUGGGAGAAUUUCGGUCAGAUAGAUAUUCACGGUACCCCACAUGAUCUCUUUAUAAUGAUAGCCAAAAUUUAA